GUUUUUCUACUUAGUUAGAUAUAAACAUUCGUAAGGAGUACAUGUGCACAGCGGAUUAACAUUAAUUAUAAUUUUUAUUGUUGUUUGUUUAAUUAAUAACAAUAAUAGGUGCAGUGCGUAGUGCGCGAGGCCAGCAGUAGUGUCGUGCGAGAGCUUGCAACCUUGUGCGGGAGUAACUAACUUGGUAUUCGCGGCCGCUGCCGAGCUUGACCAGCACUAGCGAGUCUCGUGUGUCCAUUGAUCCGGCUUAAACGUCACACCGUCGUUGAUCCGCUCCGGUAGAAAACAGCUGAUUAAUUCACUCCCGCGGGCCGCAAAGAGUUUGUCCGGAACAAACCGCCGAAUUCGUCCAUGGUGGCUGAUGACCGAUAAACUUGGAUUAUACUCGGAAGGUUUUGCGUUAGUUUUUGCUUGUUUCUGUGCUCCACAUUACGAUGUGCCAGUGAUCAAAAUCAGGGAACGUCUGGUCUAGAGAGGUGACCCGGUGAAGUUUCUGUCAACGGGAACCGCCAGCGAUCUUGUAACUAGUGCAUUUCGACGAACGGAAAGUUUUGUGCAAGUCGGAUGACAACAUUUGGAGCUAAGUGACCAUCCAGUGCUGCGUAUGAUCGAAGUUCAGUAGCUGAACGCGCGCUGAAUAACGGAUAGUGUGAACAAGUGAAAAAGUGUCAGUGUUCUCGGAUCGAAACAGUGCGUGCAAUACGGGCCGAAAGGUUUGUUUUUGACCCCCGGCUGGAACCAAGAGGCAUAAAAAUUUUUCCCUUCGGAGAGCUGCAUUCGUCGAUCGGGAGGUGAGUGCUAGUUUUGAAAACCCCGGAAAUCCUACGUCGCCCGCUAGCUUCGGCUCACCGGUGGACCAUUCGUCACUUCAGCAACAGCAACAGCAGCAUCAAAAAAUUAGCACCGUGGCGCUACACUCGACCGAGGCCCUGAUGGCGGGCUUUCUCAAAUCGACCGAACUGGGGCCGCACGGUCCGCACGGAUACGGCGGCUCGCACCAUCCCCAUCACGGUCAUCCGCACGGACCGCUGCCGCCCGGAAUGCCUAUGACAUCGCUAGCCCCGUUCGGUUUACCCCACGGGCUCGAUGCCGUAGGGUUCCCGCAAGGUAUGUGGGGUGUUAAUCCACGGAAGCAGCGACGAGAGCGGACCACCUUCACCCGUGCUCAGCUGGACGUCCUGGAGGGACUGUUUGGCAAGACGCGCUACCCGGAUAUUUUCAUGCGCGAAGAGGUUGCAAUCAAGAUCAACCUGCCCGAAUCACGAGUACAGGUUUGGUUCAAAAACCGACGCGCCAAGUGUCGCCAGCAGCAUCAGCAUCAGACCGCUUCGAACCUCAACAGUAGCAAAUCAUCCAGCAACACGUCCAGCUCAUCGACGCGGCAAUCCGGAACCGGUCCGUCGUCGUCCUCCUCUAACAACAACAAUAACCACAAUUCGGGCGGCGGCACCGGCGGUAGCAACAAAAGUUCGAUAACCAACGCCAACAACAAGCCGACGAUCAAACACACACCGAUGAACAACCACAACAGUGCGGGCAACAACAGUGCCAGUGGGCCCAGUGUCUCUGGCAACAGUGCAAACAACAAUACCAGUAGUCACAAUGGUGCCAGCUUAGGAAUAACGCAUAGUAACGCCUCGCCGAUUCUGCCGAUAACUCCGUCGACGUCGGUGAGUCCUCCGAUCAAUGUGAUCUGCAAAAAGGAGCAGCCGUCCUUCCAUCACGGCACCGGAAAUGACGCGAUGAAAGGCUCGUCCGGUUAUGACCUGCUGAAGGACUCCGACAUGAGUCUGUCCCAUCACACGCCAGCCUACGUGAACAUAAAUUCGCGGUUAGGUCAGUCGCUAGGUGCCGGCGGCGCCGGAGUGUCGAACGGGCCUUCGGCCGGCAAUCUUACUCCCCUCGGUUCCAAUUCGUCGAUCAUGACUACACCCUCGCCUCCCAUCACCCCGCAAACCUCACACAACCCCCUCUCAUACGUGCCAAACCACGAAACGUAUAACUUUUGGCACAAUCAGUACCAGCAGUAUCCGAACAACUACAACACGUCGUCCUACUACAGCCAGAUGGACUACUUCCAGAACCAGAACCAGAGCAACUACAACAUGGGCCACACGGGCUACACGACGUCCGCCAACUUCGGUCUCGCCUCGACCUCCGCUCUGGCAGGCCCCAUGGGCGGUCAGGCCUUCAGUCCCAGCGGGCUGGAUUACAUGAAUCCCCAGGACAAGUAUGUAAAUAUGGUAGGAUAAAUUUCCACCCGAGUCCUCACCGGCAAAGUGCUGUUUUGUUUGUCAGCCCCUUUCCGAUCUACAUUCCGUGAUCCGCGACAUCCAUAUCAUUCUGAAACAAAAAAAAAAUCACCGUUCGUUUCCUCUGUUCCUGUUCAACGUUUCUGAAAGAAGUAAAAUAUUAUUUAUCCGUUAGACUGCUUUAGGGAGGAACAAAAAUAAACAAACCGUUUCCGAACUUGGACAGAGAUCAGUGUAUAGAAAAUCAAUCAAAAUUAAAGAAGAAGAAUCGAUAUCAAAUUGUUCAUAUCAGUAUGUUUGAUCAAAAAACCGACAAACAGCGAGCGCAGCAAGGGUGUGCUUAGCCACAAACAAUUAAAAAUAAAGAAUACUUCAUACAUCGACUUACCAGCGCCAAAAUGUGUUAACACAGAAAGCAUUCCUUUGUGAAGAAAGAAAAAAAAACGAAAAAACCAAUCAAUAUCAGCAAGUGUGAAAAACUCCUCAAAUCCUAACAAAGCUUAAAUUUUACCCACACUUGUAUAGGGAGCACAUUGCUGAGCCACACAACCUGGGGGGAAGACGCGGCCCGAGUAUCUGUGCAAUUUAAACGAGAGAAAGAGAGAGCAACUCUAGCCCGCGAAAUACUCAAAGCGAAUUUCGAUUUGUUGUUCACUGUUUAAUUUUAUUUUUAGUUUUUGUGCUGGAAAAAAAAAAACAAAAACAAAAAACAUACACUUUCAGUCCCGUGACAUGUUUUAUAUUUGAACAAAAUACAGAACGUAACCCUGUAUUUAACUCAAUUCGCGUGCGAACGUGAGCAUCCCCGAUUAGAGUUAGAUAUGCGUAAGAUUAAACAAAUAAACGAAUUGAAUCCCACAGCCCUCUAAAGAAAAGAAGAACAAAAAAAAAUAACAAAAAACAAAAUGCUAUAUAGUUGUACAUGGAUCGCAGAUUUAGAGAUAAUGUGUAAGAAAGUAUGCGAAAUGGGCUCAUUUCGGUUCGCGAACGUAGACAAAAAUAAAGAAAUGCGAGAGGAAAAGAAUGAGUUUACUCGAAAAACACACACACACACAGACACCCCAUUACACACAAUCGAGCGGCGUUGGAACGGAUUGUAACCGAGAGGUGCCGUGUAACGAAAAAUUCAAUUGCAGCAUAUUAAACGAAACACUAUUGAUUAUGAAAUUGAAAGAUGCAGAAAAUCUCUAAUUGUACAUAGUAAAUCGAAAUAUUAUAUAAUUAUAUUAUCUCAAAAAUAAAAAGAAUGAAAGUAA